CUUGAAGAAGAUCGGGCAGGCGGCACCAACCGCCUCGACGCCCGUCUCUGGCACCAUCGCCGUCGCCGUCACCGUCGCCGACAACUUGGCCUCGCCGUUCGUCGUUUGAGUCGCCAUCUCGCCGGCGGCCGGCGCAGGCAGCAGUUCUUUGCGUCAAUCGCCGCGACGUCUAGUCAAGGGCACGCAAGUCGACGUGAACAUUUGCGGUUACCAUGGCGGCGAGUGGAGGCAGAGGAGUCGUAG